GAAAGCACGUGACAAAGCAGUCACGCGCUUUCCAGAAACCCGUCAGGAAGAAGAUAAACAAAACAAACCAGAGAGGAAGACGGCGUGGAUCGAGAAAAAGAUGACAUUAAGUUUGCCUAAAGACGGAUGAGAUUGGAAUUACAGCCUUUUUUGUACUAGUAUAUAAGGAGUUUAAAGUUGUUUUUCAGAGUGCUUCAGUUGUCCUUGAGUGCAAGACUGAGAGCCAGGCGUCUGCUUCUGUGUAAGGAGUGCUGUUGCCAUCUCAGCGAGCAGAGACCUCUGACUUUUGCAGAACAACAGUCAAGUGAGGAGGACAACUCAGCCACACUUAAAUGUGCUGCUAAAGCCUCCAUAUUGAAAACAAGAACUUUUUUUUCUUUUUCUUAUGCCUAAAAUCAAAUUUCCUCCAGAGAUUGACGAAAAGAUAGGGCGACUGAGACAGGGGAGGUGGCAGAAAAGGUUCCGUCAGGGAACUGAAGAUCUGUGCUCUGCAAUGCCUCAGCCCAGCAUCAGCGGAAUGGAUCCUCAAUUUGGGGAUGCCUAUCAAAACUGCUCUUUUAGUGACCAGGCACUGACCAGCACAGACUUGUUAGCUAACAGUUCUGACCCCGAUUUCAUGUAUGAACUGGAUCGGGACAUGACUUGUCGCCAGAGCCCUAGAGGAGAUAUUUUCACAGUUGGAGACUGCAAAGACUUGGACGGCAUGGAUCAUCUGCCUGAGCUAGUAGACAAUGACCCUGCUUAUAGCUCCAACUUUGAGCAGUGGGACACAUACUGGGAGGACUUGACUAAAUACACUCGCCUCACCAGUUGUGAUAUCUGGGGCACCAAGGAAGUUGAUUUCUUGGGCCUUGAUGACUUUUCCAGCCCUUACCAGGACGAAGAGGUGAUAAGUCGGACACCGACCCUGGCCCAGCUCAACAGUGAGGACUCGCAACCAGUUUGUGACACUCUUUACCAUCCGGAUUUGCUGGUGGGUCAAAAGCAGCUUUUGUUUCCACCUCCCACCAUGACCAAGAAGUCCAACAAACUCAGCAGCUCUGCAAACAGCGCCUCAUCGAGUCGCAACCCUCUGCCAGACUUCCCCGAAGGAUCCCAGAAAGCUACAUGGCCUGUUCCCUCCAGCACUGACACAAUGGCCAAGGCCCAGCUUCUGGGCCCUAGCAAGGCCUCUCCCGCACUGCUGGACAACAUGGAUUACGUGCGCAAAGCCAAGGUACGCAUCAGCGUACCACGAAAGCCUAUAGUAGAGAGCUCCACCCAGAUUAGCGUUUCUGCCUCUCCUCUUAUCCAGGAGCAUGAGUCGUCAGCUUCGCAGAUAAGCGAGGACCCAGCCGUCGUCGCUGCCAACACAGCAUCCUCCAUUAGCUGUGAAAAGAGAGUAGAGACACCUAAACGAGAGGUGCCGACUUGUCCUGGUCCAGAAAUAGGGACCUUGAGGACGGUGCCACACAAACUGCACUUCCCUGCAGCUGGCGGCAGUGAAACCUUGCUCACCGUAAGCGCCCUUGGAUCCGACACGUCUGCCGCUGACAAAAAGAAGGAGGAAGAGCACAACUACUCUUUAUUCUUAACCAGGGCCAGGCUGGCAGGGAAGGCGACUGCUGACAUGGAAGAGGAGGAAGAAGAGGAGGAAGAAGGUGAAGAAGAGGAAGAAGAGGAGGAGGGAUUGGAUCUAGACGAUGAAGACCAUGAUGAAGGGUUUGGCAGUGAACAUGAGCUCUCGGAGAAUGAAGAGGAAGAGGAGGAGGAGGAGGAGGAGGACGAUGAGGACUAUGAGGGCGACAAAGACGACUACGUUAGUGAUGCGUUCUCAGAGCCAGGAUGUGACACUGAUAUGGUUGAUGAUGUCAAAGGCCUAACGGCUGGAAUUUCCAGAAAGAGGGGAAAGCGUCGAUACUUUUGGGAAUACAGCGAGCAGCUCAUCCCAUCCAAACAGGAGCGCAUGCUAAAACCAUCUGAAUGGGACAGAGACACACUUCCCAGCAACAUGUACCAAAAGAAUGGCCUGCACCAUGGAAAAUACACACUGAAGAAGUCACGGCGGACGGAUGUGGAAGAUCUUACUCCAAAUCCUCGAAAGCUGCUUCAGAUUGGUAAUGAACUCCGGAAACUCAAUAAAGUCAUUAGUGAUCUGACGCCGGUUAGUGAGUUACCCCUAACCGCUCGGCCUCGCUCUCGAAAGGAGAAGAACAAGCUUGCAUCCAGGGCCUGCAGGCUGAAAAAGAAAGCGCAGUAUGAAGCCAACAAAGUCAAGUUAUGGGGCCUUGGAACUGAAUAUGAUCGUUUGCUGUUUGUGAUCAAUGCAAUCAAAGAAGAGAUCGUCAGCAGAGUACAGGAUAUCUCACAUGACAAAGGAAAAAGCAUGACAGAGAAGCUGGACAAACUCAUUGAGGAUACCCUAGUGCAGCCACCAGUGGCCGGCCAGACUUCAGACUUUGUGAAUCAGAUCCUGGAGAACACUGGGAAAGGAGAUCCCACCGGAGGGCUGGUGGGGUUGCGUGUGCCCACUUCGAAGGUGUAGAGUCACGCCGACUGGCGAAGUCAUCCACGCCAUUCUUGUCCCACACUGCAACAGCCCGACACUCUGCAUGCCCAUUUCACUUGGAGACGCAUCCUCACAUUUAAAGUGAAUACAUGCAUACGAUACCCGCUUGUCCGUGCAUACGUAUGUGUAUAUUCACCUCGUGCGCACCAAUGGAAAUGCAACAAGUAGUUAACCUUUGCACUCAGUAGUCCGUUUCCUACCAUGUGUGCAUGUGGCUGGUAUCGAUCAACAGGCCGCCAUGUUGCAAAUAUUAAAAGCCAAUAUACGAGAUACCUCCAACAAAUGAGAAAAAGAGAGAGA